AUGAAGUUGACCACAGUAUCUGCUGCAGCGCUGCUUCUGGCAGGUGUUUUGGCAGAGAGUGAGUCCUCCGAAGCUGCUCAUCUCGAGCGUUUCUGGUCCUAUGGGCGGUCCGAACCAGUAUAUCCGACGCCCAAAACAAAUGGCCUGGGUGAUUGGAAAAGCGCCUAUGAAAAAGCGAAAUCUCUGGUUGCUCAAAUGACAAAUGAGGAGAAGAACAAUCUCACUUACGGAUACACGUCAACCACCAAUGGCUGUUCUGGAAACUCAGGAGGGGCACCUCGUCUAGGAUUUCCGGGUAUUUGCUUGCAGGAUUCUGGGAACGGCGUUCGAGGAGUAGAUAUGGUCAACGGAUAUGCUUCAGGUAUACACGUUGGGGCGGCGUGGAACCGUGAGCUUUCAUACCAGCGCGCUCACUAUAUGGGUGCCGAAUUUCGGAGGAAGGGCGUCAACGUCGCUUUAGGCCCAGUAGUUGGUCCUGCUGGUCGGAUAGCCCUAGGUGGUCGCAACUGGGAAGGGUUCAGUAAUGACCCAUAUCUUGGUGGUGCUUUGGCUGGCGAGACAGUCCGCGGUCUACAGGAGAAUGUGAUUGCAUGCGUCAAACAUUUCCUUGGCUACGAGCAGGAAACUAAUCGCAACCCUCCGAUGCUUUUGACUGACAGCUACAAUCAGUCUGUCUCUUCUAAUGUCGAUGAUAAGACGAUGCAUGAGCAAUACCUCUGGGCCUUUCAAGACACCAUCAAGGCGGGCGCUGGAUCCAUCAUGUGCAGCUAUAACAGAAUCAACAACAGCUACGGGUGUCAGAAUAGCAAGACGCUCAAUGGUCUUCUCAAGGGCGAAAUGGGGUUCCAGGGGUUUGUAGUCACAGAUUGGUAUGGCCAGCACACUGGUCUUGCGAGUACAUUGUCCGGAUUAGACAUGGCGAUGCCUUCAUCAUCAUAUUGGGAGAACAACACACUCGCUUCAGCCGUGAAAAAUGGAUCGCUCCCUCAGACCCGUCUCGACGAUAUGGCCACCCGAAUUGUGGCUUCCUGGUACAAAUAUGCCGAGCUAGAGGAGCCAGGUCACGGAAUGCCAGUCAGCCUUCUGAAACCGCAUAAAGUGGUAGAUGCUAGGGACCCGAAAUCCAAGACGACUAUCUUCCAGGGUGCUGUUGAAGGCCAUGUCCUAGUAAAAAACACCGAUCGCGCAUUGCCACUCAGAACACCAAAGUUUCUUUCCCUCUUUGGUUAUGAUGCUGUCACUGCCUCCAUCAACACUGCAGACAAGGACUCUUUCGGCGGGUGGAGCAUGGGUCUAGACAAUACCAUGUCAUGGUCAAACGGCUCUGCAAUUUCGCCUACUGUCCUUGAAGAGCUCUUCCUUUCCAGUAUUAACCCAACAACUCAAGGCCCCGGUAUUGCCUUCAAUGGAACGAUGAUCUCUGGUGGUGGCUCUGGCUCCACCACUCCAUCUUACAUAGAUGCCCCUUUCGACGCGUUCCAGCGUAGGGCGUAUGAGGAUGACACCUUUCUCGCUUGGGAUUUCACCUCCCCAGAUCCAUUGGUCAACCCUUCUUCGGAAGUUUGCAUUGUUUUCAUCAACGCACAGUCGUCUGAAGGUUGGGACCGCCCAAGCCUCUCAGACCACUACUCUGAUGAGCUAGUCUUGAAUGUUGCAGCUCAGUGCAGCAAUACCAUGGUUGUCAUCCACAACGCAGGUGUACGUCUUGUCGACCAAUGGAUUGAGAAUUCUAACGUCACCGCUGUCAUUUAUGCUCACCUGCCCGGUCAAGACAGCGGCCGAGCCCUAGUGGAAGUCAUGUACGGCAAACAGUCACCCUCUGGUCGCCUUCCCUACACUGUGGCCAAGACCGCGGCGGACUUCGGUUCUCUUCUCAGCCCUACCUUUCCCGAAGGUGAUCUCAACAUUUGGUACCCUCAAUCUAAUUUCACCGAAGGUGUUUACAUCGAUUAUAAGGCCUUUGAGAAGAGUGGAGUCACCCCGCGCUACCCCUUUGGCUACGGUCUCACAUACACGACAUUUGAAUACUCUAGUCUAAAGAUCUCACUUGCCCAUGGCGUGAGUACCAGCUACGCUGCUCCUGGCAGUGUCAUUGCAGAGGGUGGUUUAUCAUCACUAUGGGACACCAUCGCAACAGUCAAUUGCACCAUCGCCAACUCUGGAACUGUGGCAGCGGCAGAGGUUGCUCAGCUUUACGUCGGUAUCCCUGGAGGUCCUGUGAAGGUCCUGCGAGGAUUCGAAAAGCAACUUCUUCAGCCUGGUGCAAACGAGCACUUCUCAUUCGACUUGACACGUCGUGAUCUCAGUACCUGGGACACUGAGAUGCAAACAUGGGGCCUGCAGAAGGGGGCUUAUCAUGUUUAUGUAGGCAAGAGUGUGCUGGAUAUUCAGCUUACUGGAACUUUGACUAUAUAA